AGGAAGAGGAGGAGGAAGAGGAAGAGGAGGAGGAGGAAGAGGAAGAGGAGGAGGAGGAGGAGGAGCUGGUGCAGCGGGAGAUGAUCGAUCCUCGUGAUCCGAACACGCGAGGACGUGAGGAGGUGAUGUGACACGUGACUCUCACAUCCGCCCGCUGAAAUCACGUCGUCGUGACGUCACGAGAUCUGAGCGCCUGACUCCAGGACUGAUGCUGCUGCUGCUACCUCCAUCACCUCCAUCACCUCCAUCAUCUCCAUCAUCUCCAUCCUCUCGUCUCAUCCUCUCUCCUCUUGAGCGACACAAAGAAUCUCUCCGUCGUCGAAUCUCAUUCAAUCAGUCUGAAGGUUAAAACUUUGAUUCUUGAUUGUCGCUGAUCCAACAGCUUCACCACGAGGUCCAUGUAGUGGCUGAUCUCUUCUAAACUUCGAUCCAGUCACACUGUUGUUUCUGCGGACGACCAGGAAGGAAUGAAUCAUCAACGCGUCACUGGACAAACUCAUAACUCAAGUUUUUUAUAUUUAUUUUGGCUGAAUGAAUGAACCAACUCCUGGAGAUAAAUCAGCACCUACAAGCUAAAGAAACUCUCCCGUGUCCCCGUGCUCGACCGUCACCCGCCGCCAGGAUGCUGGACGUGGUGAAGACCAAGGAGGCGUGUCGCAUCUGCGCCCGCGAGCUCUGCGGCAACCAGCGCCGGUGGAUCUUCCACCCGGCGGCCAAGCUCAACCUGCAGGUGCUGCUGUCCCACGCGCUGGGCCGCGAGCUGAGCCGGGACGGCCGCGGCGAGUUCGCCUGCUCCAAGUGCGCCUUCAUGCUGGACCGCAUGUACCGCUUCGACACGGUGAUCGCCCGCGUGGAGGCGCUGUCGCUGGAGCGCCUCCACAAGCUGCUGCUGGAGAAGGACCGGCUGAGGCAGUGCAUCGGAGGGAUGUACCGGAAGAACAACGCCGACGACGAGAGCGCCGCUCCGGUUCCCGGGACUGAGCCCGACCCGGAGGCUGAGGCGGCGUCGGAAGACGUGCCCGUGGUGGACCUGUCGGCCCUCCAGGACGUGAGAUACUCCGACAUGAUUCAGGACGAUCUGACUUUCUCUGGGUACGAGUCGUGGGCUGAUAAGGACGAGCCCGUCCCGGACCAGCAACAUCUCCACCGCUGCCCAGGAGGAGACCCUCAGUCCGGCCAGAAGCCGAGGAGGUGCAGGGGCUGCGCCGCCCUCCGCGUAGCGGACUCCGACUACGAGGCGGUGUGCAAGGUUCCUCGCAGGCUCGGCCAGAGGAGCACGUCCUGCGGGCCGACCACCCGCUACUCGCCCGGCGCCCAGGGGGUGGAGGAGCCCACCAGAGCCUCCGGAGGGUCCGAAACCACGACCCCUGCCCUUGAGUCUCCCUCAGCUGAGACAGUGUUCGACCAGACGAGUCCCAGUCCGGCGUCUUCUGUGGAAUCUCUCGACACCGCGGUGGACGUGAGUCGCCCUCUGGCAAAUCACAAAGAGACUGAAGUGGAGAGAGACCCGGAGGACGCUCGGGCGAGAAGGGACCACCCGUGGGACGACCCCCCGAGCGACAGCUCCCUCUCCGGGCUGGAGGCGACGCUGAGCCUCCUGAGGGCCUGCGAGUACCGGCCGGUGAAGCCUCGGAGGGGCAGCAAGCUCCCGGUCCUGGUCAAGGCCAAAGUGGGAAAGGGUCUUUCGCUGAGCCUGUCCGUCUCUCUGCGGUCGCCCUGCGGAGCGGCGGGCGACGACGGCGAACUCUACCCCCCCCACCGGCCGAUACCGGAGGUGGUGACCCCGUGUCCAGAGCAGGAGCUGCAGGCGGAGCUGGCGGAGAUGGAGGAGCAGUGGGUGGACGAUUAUGUUCCGUGCAGACCGUUCAGAUUUCAGCAGCGCCUGAUGGACGAGCAGCAGGAUCAGCUGAGUCGCUACGAGAGCGGCGCCGGUCGCUGUGUGUCCGAGCUGCAGGAGGCCCGGCUGCAGGUCCGCUCGCUGCAGGCCACGAUCCGAGAGGGCGAGAGCGGGAACCAGAAGCUGCAGCAGCGUCUGGGUGAGAUGGAGCUGGAGCUGCGGUCGGCCCGAGAGGAAGCCCAGCAGCAGGAGCGAAGCAUCCAGAACAUCGCCGAUAACUUCAGCUCCAAGGAGGCGGAGGCUGCAGACCUGUACACGGUGAUCGAGGAGCAGAACAAGAUGCUGUGUUCUCUCAAAGAGCUCGUCGACCGCCACCAGCUGCUGCCGCAGGUGUCGGGGGCAGAGAGCGCCCGAGGUCCGGUCGAGGUCCUGGCUCUGCAGGCCUCUCUCUUCCAGGCGCAGCUGGAGCUGCAGGCCGGCGAGCGGUCGCAGCGCCAGGCGGCCAGAGCGCAGGAGGACCUGAGCCGGGCCCUGCAGCGGCUGGAGACGGACCUGCAGGGGGCGCUGCAGCACCGCAGGGAGACGGAGACGCACAACCAGGAGCUGCAGUCGGUUCUGGACCAGGCCCGGUCGGCCCUGCAGGAGAGAGAGGAGCAGCUGAGGGAGGGCGAGCGAGAGAAGGAGAGGGAGAGGGAGGAGAGAGAGAAGAGGAUCAGAGAGCUGAUGACGUCGCUGCAGACCAAAGAGCAGCUGCUGGAGGAUUACUGUGAGCUGCUGGACGAUCCUCAGAAGGAGAAGAGAGACUCUCUGCUUCAGAAGCUCCGUCAGCGGGUCAGAGAGCGAGAUCGAGCUCUGGAGCGAGCGCUGGAUGAGAAGUUUCUCUGCAUCGAGGAGAAAGAGGAAGAAACUCGUCGUCUUCAGCUGCUGCUCCGAGAGAAAGAGAGAGACAUGGAGAGACAACGGUCUGUCCUGGUCAACAACGAGGAGACCAUCAAUAGCCUGGAGCUGCUGCUGCGUGGUAAGGCCGUGGAGCUGCAGCAGGUGAGAGACGCCUGGACGAGCGUCCAGCGGCGUCAGCGUCAGAGUGACGAGCGUCAGAGCCGCGCACUGAGCGAGCGCGAUGACAUCAUCAGUCAGCUGCAGGCGGCGCUGCUCGCCCGCUCUCAGGAGGCGCAGGAUCUGCGCUGUUCGCUGCUCGCUCAGAUCCAGUCGGCGCCCGGCGACGUCCUGGAGGAGCUGAAGGUCCGCCUCCGGCUCAAAGACAGCCUCUUCCAGGAAGUGCUCGCCGACCGGACCCACCAGGCCCAGCAGCACCAGGACCAGGUCCAGGCUCUGCUGACGGCCCUGGGCUCCAGGGACCAGUACAUCCAGGAGUCUGCGCGGCGGCUCGGCGACGUGAUGAGCGAGCAGACGUCGAGGCUGCAGGAGCUACGCAGGCAGCUGUGCUCGGGGUCCGGGUCGGGGACGGACCAGGACCAGGACCUGGAGCUGGAGCUGGAGCUGCAGGCGGCGAGGGAGGAGCUGCGUCUGGCCCUGAGGAGGGAGAAGGAGAACCAGGAGCGGAGCGGGAGGCGGGAGGCGGAGCUGGACUCGCUCAGCCGGGCGCUGCGAGUGAAGGAGGGAGUCAUCCGGGACUUCCAGAGGCAGAUGGCCGAUCCCUCCGGCCUCCCGCUGGUGGAGCGUCUGACCCAGGAGGUCCAGGAGCUGAGGGAGGGCCUGGUGCGGCCCGGCGUCGGGCAGCAGCCUGAGAUUGGAGAACCGAGUUCUGAGGACGAGGACGAAGAUCUGAACAGUGAGGACGUCGAUGAAGAGGAGGAAGAACUGAGGGGCCCGACUCUGAGAACCACCAAGGGCUCCGGAGCUGCAGGAGAGGCCGCGGGCCUCGGGCCGGCGGUCGAAGGUCACGGCCUGACGGAGGUCAAGCAGCUGGUGGAGCAGAAGCGAGCGGUGGAGCGGGAGCUGGCCGAGCUCAAGGCUCAGCUGGAGAAGUGCGGCUUCUCCUCGCUCUCACAGAUGAGGAAAGCUCUGAUCAGCCUCCGAGCAGAGAACCAAGAUUUAACUCAUCAGCUGACGGAGGGUGAACACGCCGAGGAAGACGAGGAGCUGGAUGUGACCAUAGAAGAGGAGGAGCAGGAGGAAGAGGAGGAGGAGGAGGAGGAGGAGGAGGAGAGCUCUGAGAUGUGGGAAGCCUGGGACAGUGAGCUGCCUCUGUCCCCCACCGGAGAGGAUCCGAGGGCGGAGGGAGACACGAGACACGAGGCCUCCUCCUCUCAGGCAGGCGAGCGGGACCAGGAGCCGGGUCGCGAGCGGCCCCUGGGGCCCGGGGCCACGGUGCGGGACCAGGCCGAGCAGCUGAUCGCGGAGACGACGGUGCCGCGGGACACCAAGCAGAUCCAGGUGGACCUGCAGGACCCGGGCUACGAGACGUGCGGCCGCAGCGAGACGGAGGCGGAGCGGGAAGACACCAGCAGCCCAGAGUUCGAUGAUCUGGAGAUGUGCACGUCUCUGGACUGCGGCUCUCAGUGGUGGCCCGCCACCAGCGGCGGCUCCCCCUUCACCAAAGCCGCCGCGCAGAGCUCCGCACUCGGGGACGAGGCGUCGUCUCUCCAGCGUCUCGUGGAGGACCUGCGCUCGCAGCUGUCCCGCUCCCAGGCCGUGAUCCGAGGGCUCCAGAGCCGCCUGCGCUCCCUCUCCACCUCCAGCGACGUCGGGCCCGCCGCCCCCCGCAAGGUCAACUGGUGCUUCCAGGCCUCGCAGAGCGGCACGGAGGACGACGAGGGCUGGCAGUCGUCGGACGGGGGUCCGCUGGCGUCGCCUCGCCACCCUCGCCCGGACACGGGCCUCCAGGAGCUGUCGUCCCGCGUGGACGCUCUGGAGAACCAGCUGAGGAAAGGAGGGAAGAAGUCUGUGGACCAGGACGGGAAGUCUGCCACAGGGCCGGGGAAGUUCGACUCUCUGAUCCAGGCGCAGGCCCGGGAGCUGUCCCACCUGCGCCAGCGGCUGAGGGAGGGGCGCGGCGUGUGCAGCAUCCUCACGCAGCAGCUGGGCGACACCACCAAGGCCUUCGAGGAGCUGCUGCGGGCCAACGACGUGGACUACUACAUGGGCCAGAGCUUCAGGGAGCAGCUGGCCCAGAGCGGCGCGCUGGCGCAGCGGGUCGGCGCCAAGAUCAGCGGACGAGAUCAUCCUGAAGAUCCCGACGAGAAGACGGAGCUGCUCGCCAUCCGGCUCAGUAAGGAGCUGCAGCAGAAAGACAAGAUCAUCGAGUCUCUCCGCACCAAACUGAACCAGCAUCAUCCUCAUCAUCAUCACUCGCAUCGGUCGGACACGCCCUGCAGCAGCCACGCCCUCUCCGACGCCACCGACCAAUCAGAUCGCAUCUCCUAUGUCUCCGACGAGCAAGUCUCCACGAACGAGGACCUGGAGCUCUGCUCCGACGUGGACGCCGCCAGCGAGCUCGGUGCGGAGGAGACGUCCAGCUCCACCCGAGUCGGCACAGAUUGCCCCUCCCACAUGUCCCACCACACGUCUGGCCCUCCAUCCAUCGCCUCAUCCCACAAAACCCCGUCCUGCCUCAGCUGUCCCAGCAUGCACUGCCCCGGCUCGCCACUCAAACCUGCAGUCAUGCAGAGUCAGACAGCACCGGCCUCAGUCUUCACCUCCGCCCCCCUCUACCCUCCCCCCUCCGCCCGCACUGCACCCUCGCCCCUUCACCCCCACCCCUCCACCCCGCGAACCCGUCUCCACGGCGGCGGAGGCGGGGGCGUGGGUUUCACCCUGGCUGAGGUUCACCAGGAGCUGCAGAUGUUGCAGAGGCAGCUGGACAGUGAGAGGUUUUCCACGCCACAGUCCAAACCUCCUGGUUUCCUGUUUGCCCGCCAGCAGACGGACCCCUCCUCCUUCCUGCCGCUCUCCCUCCACGGGUACCAGGCGUCUCCUUAUGGCAGCGGCCUGGACGCCGGCCUGGCGAUGAAGGCCGGGGCCAGCCUGCUGGAGAGCAGUGCAUUGUGGGAUACGACCUACAACCUCGGCCGACCAGCGAGACUCGGAGCUGACCUGUCGUCGGGAUCGUCGGGAUACCAGUCGGGCACCAGCCACGCAGGCUCUGACCUGAUGAAGGAGCACCUGAGGGAGGUGAGGAGUCUGAGACAGAGACUAGAAGAUUCCAUCCAGACCAACGAGCGUCUGCGUCAGCAGCUGGAGGAUCGACUGACCCGCAACAACUCUGAGAAGGGAGCUCCUACCAACAUCUACAUCCAGGGCCUGGACUCUGUGGGGCAGCUCUCCUCUGAGAUCAGACUCCUGAAGGAGGAGAACGUCCGUCUACUGAACCAGCUGAGACAGGCCAGCGCAGAGGGCGCUAAGGAGGCGGAGCUGCUGAGGGAGGCGGCGCUCUCGGACAGGGCCAGGUUGAAGGAGGCGGAGCUUGAGGUGGAGAGGUGGGCGGAGCAGAGCCGGAAGUCGCAGGCUGAAGCUGAAGCUCACAACGGAGAGAUCGCACAACUGAAACAAGACCGACAGAGGAGCCAGGAAACCAUCAACAGACUCCAGCACGAGGUGAACAUCCUCCAGCAGCAGCUGUUAGAGAGCCGCAGCCUCGUCCGCUCGCUUCAGUGUGAGCUGCAGGUGUGCCACGGAGGGGGCGGAGCCACCAGCAACACACACUCAGGUCCGGUCGGCGGCAUCACCUUUGACCCCAGGCAGCUGCACGUCCAGCUGGAGCCGCAGCUGAUUGGUCGCCCCCGAGCCCGGAGGCUGCUCUUCAACGACAACGCUCGCUCUCCGCCGGUCAGAGACACGGGACUCGGCGGCGUUCCCUCCUCUCCGCUGCGUUCUCUGCACAAACACGAGACUGGAGACGUCGACGCCGCCUCAACCCUGCAGGGACAAGUGCCGGACGGUUCCUUCGCCAGCCGUCACGGCCGCCACGCCGUGGGCCACAUCGACGACUUCCAGGCCCUGCAGCAGCAGGUCGUGGAGGGAGGCACGCUGCUCUGCAGGAUGGAGGUCGCCCUCCGCCCGCUGCUCGCCCCCCCGGCCCGGCAGGAGUUCAGCCCUCGUCAGGAUCCGGACGCGGGCUCGGCGGGGACGCUGCUGUCGGACGCUCAGACCCUGCGACAGAUCCUGGAGGAGGCGGACGCUCUGCUGGGCAUGUUCUGGAGGGCGACUCUGCCGAACCCUGAGGAAACCAAGCAGACGGACGAGGUGGUGUCUCUCCGUCUGAGGCUCUCGGAGCAGGAGCAGGCUCUCAAGGACGUGAUGGAGAGAGUGAGGAGCUGCGACCGCACCAGAGACAACAUGGAGAACUUCAUCGUCAGCCAGCUGUCGAGGACUCGGGACGUCUUGAGAAAGGCCAAGACAAACUUACAGGAGAACCAGCUCAGGAUUUCUGCCCUUCGUCGAGCCUCUUCCUCCAUCCCUCCUCUUCCUCCUCCUCCCUCCUCUUCCUUCUUUUCCUCCUCCUCUUCCUCCUCCUCUUCCUCACGCCCCUGGCCUGUUAAAGGUGAAAGCGCAGGAGGCUUCUGUGAACUCGCCUUCUCUCCUGGUUGGAGCGUCAUGAUGACGCCCCAUCCUUCCUCCUCCUCCUCCUCCUCUGCUGUCCGGACACCUGCUCCCCACCAGCGCCCCCUGCAGGCGGCCGUCCUGUAGUGCACCAGCACAGCAAGUUCCUCAUCAUCGUCUCCUGUUCAGUAUUUUCUUUUUCAUUAGAGACGAGAUUGAGUUUGGCUCAAGUUCACGUCUGAUCUGAGUCUUUCAGGAGCACAAAAAUAAUUCUAGUAAUAAAUUCAAGUUUCACAUCCACUUGCAAACCAGCGGCAGCCAAUCACAAUCCAGCUUCGGCGUCGCACGUCAGCAUUCAGGGGAGAGGAGGCGCCAGAUGAGCUGAAAACCAAAGUGAAAAGUUUCUUCUCGUACUUAGUGUGUAGUUAGUGUGUGUAGUUGUGUAGUUGUGUAGUUGUGUAGUUGCAUGUGGGUUUGAGCAGCUUGUGGAAUCGAAGCCAUACGUGCUGAUGCUACAGGAGAUUCUCUCUCCGUGUCCUAAUUGUACUGAUGAAGUCAUCAAAUGGCCAAACUACUGAUAUAAAGGAGAAGAAUCACCUGCAGACAUUUUACUGUCCAACAAAACUACAACUUAAGACUUUUUGUCUCGUGAUCCUCGAACUCCAGAGUGUUACUGUUAAAUAUGGAGUCACUUCUCUGGAGAUAUAUAUAUAAAUAUAUAUUUUUUAAAAGGGUCCAACCCGUGUUUUUCCUGCUGAUGAACCAGUGUUAACCAAAUCAAGCUGCUCAGCGAUGCCUUCAGGGACCUGUCGGACAAUCUGUAAUACGUGGAGAGGGAUUCAUUUUUUUAAUCCAAAGAGAGAUGACAUUUCAUUUUUGAGGAAAGGACCACACCCUCUUAUGUUUUUUAUUUUAAUCUUUACCCUUUUUGAUUCAUUUGUAAAAAAAAAAAAUUCAGCUGACAAUCACAAUCAUGGAGAUAUUAACAUCCUUAUGAUCUGACACUUUAUUUCUCUGUGUAUGAACUGACUCUUUUUUUCUUUUUGUGCACGAACCUUUCUGCCCUUUAUAUACUUUUACUGAAAUAUGCAAAUUUCUGGGUUAUUGUGCAAUAUAUGAUUGUUUAUGGUUUUGCUGUAUUAGUUCUGGAUUUAUUAAAGUGCCACGUCGUCGGUUUUGGCUCUGAGGCUGAAAUGUGUCCUGACAAUCACCGUGAUGCAGUUUAACGACCUCACUUUUCAGAAAUAAAAAGGAUUUGUGCAUCAAUAACAACAAGCAAGGUUUAGAUAUUCAUUAUUGUAAUAACCCCAUAGGUCAAAGGUCAAACGUGUGUCAUUGUUUGUGUUUUUUUUAGGAACCACGACUCGAGUUUGUGUGUGUGUAAAUAAGAAACCGUAUGUACAUCAGUGAAAAGUGUGUGUGUGUUUUGUUGUUGCUGUGAGAGAAGAGAAGAUAAAAACCAGCUGUAUUUUCAUGCAUGUUCUCUUUAAUAGAAAUGAUUUUUUGGGGGGGUUGAAAUGAGAAGAAAAAAAUAAGCUUUUCAAUAAAAAAGGAACAAAACAA